GAAAUAACAUCAUUGCUCUCCCUUUGUGGUGGAAAAUUCAGUGGUGAGCAGGAAAUUCGUGUAAAUUCUCCAUUUUGGAUUCUCAAUAUUCCUUCAGAAGAGAUGGCAAGGGGACUAAUGAAACGGACAGUAUGUGCAAAGUCUAUAUUUGAACUGUGGGGUCAUGGAAGAUCUGAAGGGGAGCUCUAUGCCUCUCUGAAGAACUAUCCAGUGGACAAGAUGCUUCCAUAUCUACAGUCAGACUCUACUUACAAAGUACAUAUUCAUACGUUUAAUAAAACACUGACUCAAGCACAGAAAAUAAAAAAGAUCGAUGCCCUUGAGUUUCUGCCAUUCAAAGGAAAAGUAAAUUUAAAGAAUCCAGAACACAUCUUCUGGAUUUUGGAAGAUUAUGGAAUGAACCCAAAUAAUGUUCCAGAAGAGCCCUUUCAUCUGUAUUUUGGUAGAUGGAUUGCAGAUGGCCAAAGAGAACUCAUUGAAUCCUACAGUGUAAAGAAGAGGCACUUCAUUGGAAAUACAAGCAUGGAUGCCUGCCUGUCUUUCAUUAUGGCCAACCAUGGGAGAGUAAAACCCAAUGAUGUUGUAUAUGAUCCAUUUGUUGGAACAGGUGGCCUUCUAAUCUCCUCAGCACACUUUGGAGCAUAUGUGUGUGGUACUGAUAUAGAUUACAACACAAUCCACGGAUUAGGCAAGGCAAGCAGAAAGAACCAGAAAUGGAGAGGGCCAGAUGAAAAUAUCAGAGCAAAUCUCCGACAGUAUGGUUUAGAGAAAUACUACCUCGAUGCACUGGUUGCUGAUUCUUCCAGGCCAAUAUGGCGAAAAGGGAUGCUGUUCGAUGCAAUCAUUACAGACCCACCAUAUGGUAUCAGAGAAGCUACUCGCAGAACAGGUUCACAAAAGGAAGCAGUUAAGUCAGUUGAAAGAAGCACAGAAAAUCACAUCUUCGUUUCAUCCAAUUAUCAUCUAAGUGACAUCUUUUUUGACCUGUUGAAGUUUGCGGCAGAAUAUCUGGUGAUGGGAGGAAGAUUAGUUUACUGGCUGCCAAUAUACAGGCCUGAAUAUACAGAAGAAAUCAUUCCCCGCCACCCGUGCCUGAAACUUAUUAGCAACUGUGAGCAGAUGCUUUCCAGCCACACAUCAAGGCGCCUGAUUACCAUGGAAAAGGUGAAAGAAUUCAAGUUUUUGGUAAACUCUUCAUCCCAAGCAAGCCCCUGAAUAGUGUGAAAAAGAUCUUUGAACUUAUGGUUACUUGUGAAUCCCAUCCACAAGUUUGUGGAUCCCAUCAAGUUUAACUUGAUGCCCAAGUAUGUACUAAAUGGCUUUGUGGGUCUUUCAGUACAGGUAAACCAUAUUCGAUUCUGUUACUUCAUCUUUAGAGCUCUUAGUUUUUGAGAUAAUAUUGAAGUUGUGAAAGUACAGUGAAGCACACUGACUCUUUUUUUGUUUUGGGACACACUAAGUGGCUCUCCUGAGGCACUGGGGGGAGGAAAUAUUGCAUUCAGGUCUCCUUUCCGUUCUCGAUGCUUCUCCCACUCAAUACUGUUAAAAGAGAUGCUAAGCAACUGUGAGACAAAUUCUUAAUGAAAAUGCACACAGUGAGCAAGUGCUUUUAGUACAAUCCCUGUCAGUUGGAAGAGCUGUUUCAGAUGGCAGGAGAUACAGUCAAACUGCUGUGUCUGCAUGGUGCUUGCACUAAUAACACAGCAGGGUUUCAGUACUGUGCUCAUAAUGCUCAUGAUAAGUGGAGUUCUCAAGCAACACCUGAAUUUUUAAAAGCACCAUAGUUGGAGUCCAGUGUCGGAGCUGCCAACUUCACCAGUAGCGAACCAGGAGGGUAGAUGCUGAAAAUUUUUGACAUGUGUGUCUCAGGGUUUUCAGGGAGGUUUUCUGCAGGAGUUUUAUUAAUACCAGUGCUGUAGGAUAACAUGUUCUAAUCUAAAAAAUAUAUCCACCAUUCUGUGAUUAGACUUUUGUCAUUUGUUAUUCUUGUUUUGUGCAUCACCUGUUCUUCAGUACGUGAUUUGACAGGUUCAUGUCUGGAAAUGCUUAGCUCUGAGCACCUGAGAAUAUUUGGCAGGCUUACUGCUUAGAUAAAACUGUGCAAGUGCUUAUAUUCAGGACUCCAAAUGUCUGAUAAUCUGAAGAUACCAGAACCCAUGUAUGGUUUUUGAUGAUGUAAAACUUAUCUAAAGAACAAAAUGCAUAUUGAGUCCUUAGCCAAUGCCUGCCUGGUUUAGGGUCUUGUUUGGUGUCUAAGAUUUCCCCACCUCAGUAUCCCUUACUUGGAACAUGGCUUUUCCUUUCUUAAUAUCCUGAGCAACCUUUGAAUUGAAUAUUUCUUUGACUCACCAGAUGUGAUCAUAAAAUUCAAUAGAUAGUGUUUUGGCUGUUUUCUUAAAUGAAAGAGUGAAUUUUUAUGAAUAUGAAAACAUUUAUGUUUCCAGACAGUUCCUGUCUGUUUUACUAAACUGGUCUGUAACAGACCCUCACAGCUGCCUUUUAAUUCAGCUUAGUGCAGCACUUGCAAGUGGCUAAGAAGUUCUACGAAUCAUGUAGUGUCAUUAUGCAGUUCUUUGGUUUCCCCAGGGUUUGCCACCAGUAAGGAAUUGCAGAUUUCACAGCAAAUUUGAUUUCACUGUUAACACUCUAAACUCUUAAAUGAAGAUGAAUUCAGUCAGUUACUGAAAUUGAUGGUGCAUUUUGUUUUGAAUUGUAAUAAAAAGGAGACCAAAAUGAAUGCAAAAAGUGAGUAUGUCUAGGUGAAGUAUUGGUCUAUUGUAACUAAUCAUUAACAUGAAGAUCAUAUAUGUUGAAUUAAAAGCCUCACAAAAGGUGGUAUAUAACUCACUGUCUAGUGAGCAUCCAGUCUGUUCUUUUUAAGUUUACAGUGAAAUCAUGCCAACUGGAAAAGAUUUCUUACUGAACUCAGUGUUGAUAUGAAUAGGCUUUUCCAGCAU